AAUGCGGAGAUCAUAUAGGAAUUGUUGGUAUUCGUUUGCGUAAUUUAGUCGUGCAAUUAUAUGACGUUCUCGGAGUGAAGUGUAAGAAAGUGCAAGUGGCAAGAGCGGUAAAGAAUUUACCAACUAACAUGGAGAUGCUGUGGAGAAAUGCAGUGGCGGACCUGUCGACCUUCCUGAGCACGAGGACGCGGAUUUUGUUUGCCGCUGUCUAUUUCAUUUGGAUCGCUGGAAGCGCCUGCGCCACUGAGACCCUCCAGGAACCGCGCUUCACCACUCAGCCUUCCAGCAGCGGCAAUAUUCUUAGCGAAAAUCGAACGAAAUUUCUGCAGUGUCAAGCGAGAGGAAAUCCCCAGCCAAAGUACAAAUGGUUCAAGGAUGGAGUACCCCUCAGCAACGAGCUUACUUCGGAGCCUUAUUUUCGAAUACAAAGUACACGUAGGGAAGACGCAGGAGUAUAUCACUGUGUCGCCACAAACGACGUAGGGUCUAUAUUUAGCGAAAGAAUUACAUUUGCAGUAGCCUAUAUGGGGGUGUUCGAGGACCUCACAGAGAGAAUAGUGAGCGUGAAAUCGGGCAGCGCCGCUGUUUUAACGCUGCCACCGAUAGAGAGUCAUCCUGCACCUGACGUUACAUGGUUCACGUCCGAUGGCUCGUUGUACGGCAUAAAAUACGCGUCUGUCCAUCACACGCUGCUUAUCCUGAACGCGUCCGAGGCUGAUCAAGGCCUGUACAGGGCCAGAGCCAUUAACACGCAGUUGGGUAAGGAGGAGAACAGCCCGUUUUUCAAACUGCAAGUCACGGGAGAUGCCAACGCUGAGGUGGCACCCAGUAUCAUAGUGAAACCACAGGACACGCAGAUCAUCAAGGACCAGGACGUUACUUAUAUACACUGCAUAGCUAAUGCUAGGUCUCUUCAUGAAUUACGAACUUUGUGGACGAAAGACGGGAUCCCCAUCGAGAACUCGAGGAUAACGUACAGUUUUAACGACUCGUGGAAUAGAACUUUGGCGUUGAUAUCGGCAAACAUAACUUACACUGGAGUGUACUCGUGCCACGUGGACUUAAGAAGCGGUGGAUUCCCCAUAGUGAACGCGAGCGCGAAAAUUACUGUAUACGAGAAGCCAACGUUUAUAACGGAAUUGAAACGAGAGACUCUUAGUGAUUAUGGAUCAACUGUGACAUUACCAUGCGAUGCUGUUGGUGUACCUCCUCCUAAAAUCACGUGGUUCCGAAAUGCCGAACCUGUCGAUCAUCUUCUCGGAUCUAGAUAUGCAAUGGAAGAAGAUGGCUCCUUGACGAUUAAAAAGUUAACCAUGAGUGAUUCAGGAAUGUUCCAGUGUCUCGCUUCCAACGAGGCUGGCGAAGCAUCCAGUUAUACCUGGCUGAAAGCAAAAAAAGGAUUAGAAAGCAGUCUGAAAAACAGAGUUGCCCGCUGGGCAGCUGGCUACAAUGUAGUCAGAGUUCGCCAAUCUGAUCGACGUUUUAAGUUCUCUCAGUAUCCAGACACAUCAGGACCUAUCAUGGAAAAUGGUCCACAAAAUCAGACUAUAUUAGAUGGGAAAGAUGUAACACUAACAUGUAAUGCUGUAGCAGCUCCAAUACCUAACACUACAUGGAUUUACAAUGAUACAAUGCUUGUGGAAAUCGCUGGAAGAGUACAAGUUUUAGAUAACGGAGAUCUUUUAAUUGCUGCUGUAAAACCAAACGACGCCGGAAAAUAUACAUGUAUUCGAGCAAACGAAGCUGGUUCUGUAAAUGAUUCAGCUUAUCUUACUGUUUUAGUUCGAACACAAAUUGUUCAACCACCUGUUGAUACAUCUGUUCUUCUUGGCUAUACUGCGGAAUUACAAUGCAAGGUCUCCAAUGAUCCAAGUGUUUUAUAUGAUAUAGCAUGGUUUCACAAUUCACAAGUAAUAAAUACGCAAGCCAGUCAAAGAGUAAAAAUGCAAAGCGAUGGUACAUUAGAAAUAAUGGCUGUUCGUGCUUCCGAUGUGGGUGAAUAUAUGUGUUCCGUGGUCUCUCCAGGAGGAAACGAGACUCGAUCUGCACGUCUUAGCGUAAUCGAAUUGCCGUUUGCACCAAUAAAUGUAAUGGCCAAUAGAGUUGAGCGAAUUUCUCCCCGCACCAUAAACGUUAGUUGGGUUCCAGGUUUUGAUGGAAAUAGUCCAACAAAAAAGUUCAUCGUUCAAAGACGAGAGGUUUCAGAUUUAGGACCAAUACCUGAUUCUGCGUUAAAUUGGAUCACUGAAUGCAAUAAUGUUUCGGCACAAAGUCGUUGGGUAGUAUUGAACAAUUUAAAAGCUGCUGCUGCAUAUCAAUUUCGAGUAACUGCAGAAAAUAGCGUUGGUGAAGGACCUCCUUCGGAUCCUAGUAAUGUAGUAGUUCUUCCUCAAGAACCGCCGAGUGGGCCACCAGUAGGAUUCGUUGGUUCCGCUCGAUCAUCAUCAGAAAUAAUCACACAGUGGCAGCUUCCAUUAGAAGAGUAUCGAAACGGCCAUAUUUUAGGCUAUGUGUUAAGAUAUAGAUUGUAUGGUUACAACGACAAUCCUUGGACAAUACAAAAUAUUACUAAUGAAGCACAAAAAAAUUAUCUUAUUACCGACCUAAUUACAUGGAAAGACUAUAUUGUGCAAAUAGCAGCGUACAAUGAUAAAGGUGUUGGCGUUUUCACAGAAGGUUUGAAGAUUAAAACUAAGGAGGGAGUACCUGAAGCUCCACCAACUAACAUAAAGGCAAAAGCCAUUAAUUCAACAGCAAUAAAAGUUUGGUGGAAACCGCCGAACCCGCAAAAAAUCAAUGGAAUAAAUCAAGGGUAUAAAUUACAAGCUUGGGUCGGCCAUAAUUUUACAGAAGCGAAUGAGUACAAAUCGAUGACCGUGCCACCUAGUUUAUUUGAUCCUCUUGCAGAACAAAGUGCCAUUAUGACCGGUUUAAAGAAAUACACCUUAUACAAUAUAACUGUAUUAUGCUUCACUGAUCCAGGCGAUGGUGAAAGAAGUUCUCCUGUUCAAAUUCAUACACGCGAAGAUGUACCUGAGGAAGUAGAAAAUUUGCAAUUCGAGAAUAUAAGUGAUCGUUCACUUACUGUUAAAUGGAGUCCUCCGCUAGAGGUCAAUGGACUUCUUACUCUUUAUCAGUUAAAAUAUAUGAUCAAAGAUGUGCCAGAUUCUUUACGAGUAGAAAACUUUACAUCUGAUAUUCUCUCAGCUAAAAUUGAACAUUUACAAGCAAUGACACAUUAUAGAUUUGAAGUUGUUGCAUGGACUUCAGUGGGUCCUGGAAAAGCAGCAGUAGCUGUCAUUCAAUCAGGUGUUGAACCUGUUCUUCCUGAACCACCUACUAAAUUGGCAUUGUCUAAUAUAGACGCAUUCUCCGUUGUUCUUCAAUUUACACCAGGAUUUGACGGAAAUUCGUCCAUAAUAAAAUGGACAGUGCAAGCACAAACCACUCGUAACACAACAUGGUAUAAUAUAUACGAAGUCUCGGAUCCUGAUGCUAGUACAAUCACUGUAGGCGGCCUAAUUCCAUUUAUGCAAUAUAAACUACGUUUAAUAGCUAACAACGUUGUCGGUUCUUCUCAACCUUCUGAACCAACGAAAGAGUUUCAAACGAUUCAAGCACCACCGUCACAUCCUCCUAGGAACGUUACGGUUCGUGCAAUGAGCGCUACAGAAUUGCGCGUUAGAUGGAUUCCAUUACAGCAGAUUGAGUGGUACGGAAAUCCGAGGGGAUAUAAUGUUACUUAUACCGAAGUGCGAACGAAUAAAUCGAAAAGCAUAACUAUAGAAGAUCAUACAGCGAAUUCCUAUAUUUUAGAAAAUAUGGAAGAGUAUGCUCUUUAUGAAAUUGUAAUGCAAGCAUUUAAUGACGUUGGGUCAUCAACAAUAAGUCCUAAAGCAGUUGAAAGAACUCGUGAAUCAGUUCCUUCGAUGGGACCUAUUAACGUAGAAGCUAAUGCAACAUCUUCCACAACCAUAUUAGUUAGAUGGGGUGAUGUUCCUAUGGAACAUCAGAAUGGACAAAUAGAAGGGUUUAAAGUUUAUUAUGGUGCAAAUGCUAGAUCAGCAUUCCAAUAUAAAAACAUUCCUAGUAAUACAACAUUUACCACAACUUUAACAGAACUUCGAAAGUUUGUUCAAUAUCAUAUACAAGUUCUAGCUUAUACGAGACUUGGCGAUGGUACUUUAAGUACUCCACCAGUUAGAGUACAAACAUUUGAAGAUGCUCCUGGACCUCCGUCGAAUGUAUCAUUUCCCGAUGUAAGCUUUACUACUGCUCGUAUCAUUUGGGAUACUCCAGAAGAUCCGAACGGAGAGAUUCUCGCCUAUAAAGUUAUGUUUCAUUUAAAUAAUAGUCAAGAUCAUCAAUUUUCUAAGGAAUUUCCUGCAUCAGAUAGAACUUUUAGAGCAACAGGAUUAGAACCAGAAAAAUAUUACAUGUUCUCGGUAACAGCACAAACGAGAUUAGGUUGGGGAAAAACAGCAUAUGCUCUUGUUUUUACUACAAAUAACAGAGAACGACCACAGGCUCCAUCGAUGCCACAAAUUAGCAGAUCACAAGUACAAAGUAGACAGAUAACAUUUACGUGGACACCUGGUCGUGAUGGAUUUGCUCCAUUAAGAUAUUACACAGUACAGCAAUCAGAAAAUUCAGGACCAUUUCAAACAAUUCUUGAAAGGGUAGAACCAACUUUAACGUCUUAUACAGCAAAUAAUUUAAAACCAUUCACAUUCUACCAAUUUCGAAUACAAGCAACUAACGACAUAGGCCCUUCAACUUGGAGUACAGAAUCAGUUCAAGUCCAAACUUUACCAGCAGCACCGUCUCGAGGAGUUACUGGGUUAAAAGUUGUUCCAAUAACAACAUCUAGUAUAGAAGUUCAUUGGAAUGCAAUAGAUGAAGUAUAUUGGAGUGGGGAUCAUGAAACUGGUGGUUAUCGCGUCAUAUAUCAACCAGUUUCAGAUUUUCCGAUAGCCCUUCAAGAUACACCGAAGGAAGAAGUUUUAGGAAUAAAAGCUACGAAAAUUGUUUUAAGUGAUUUGACAGAAGAUAGGUAUUAUGAAGUAAUAGUGUUACCAUUCAAUUCUGAAGGAGAAGGUCCAUCAAGUCCUCCAGUAACUGUAUAUGUAGGGGAAGCAGUUCCUACAGGAGAACCACAACAUCUAAAAGCAGAACCAAUUUCUUCUACAGAAGUACAUUUACGUUGGAAACCACCCCAAGCCAAUAUGCAAAAUGGAGAUUUAUUAGGCUAUAAAAUUUUUUAUUUAGUUACUGAUUCUCCUCAAGAUUUAGAAAAUAAACAAGAGGAAGAAAUAGAAGUUGUACCAGCAUCAUAUUUAACUCAUAGCUUGGUGUUUUUAGAUAAAUAUACAGAAUACCGUAUUCAAGUAUUAGCUUUUAAUCCUGCUGGUGAUGGUCCUCGGACUCCAUCUAUCACUGUUAGAACUAAACAGGAUAUACCUGGACCACCAUACAAUUUACAAUUUUCAGAAAUUACAAUGACUAGCCUUCGUGUUUCUUGGGAAGCACCAAAGCUACGAAAUGGUGAAAUAGUCGGCUACAUUGUUACAUAUGAAACAGCAGAACAAAACGAUCGUUUUAGCAAACAAGUUAAACAAAAAGUGACAGAAACAAGUUUGUUAAUCCAACCUUUGGAAGAAGAAGAAACAUAUACUUUUAUGGUCCGAGCGCAAACCAUUGAUUUUGGUCCGCCUAUAUCCGGAAAUGUCACAACAGGUCCACAAGAAGGUUCACCAAUGGCACCUAGCAAUCUUGCUGUUACGAAAACAGUAUCUAGUGUUGAAUUACAAUGGACUAAUGGAGCUUCUGGAAAAGGGCCUAUUCUAGGAUACUAUAUUGAAACACGCCGAAAAGAUGACAGCCGUUGGCAGACAAUAGUGCGCAGUAGUAAUGGACCAUUAACAGAGUAUUCUGUAUCUUACCAAAACCUACUUCCAUCCACAUCAUAUUUGUUCAGAGUAAUCUCGUACAAUCGUUAUGGAAUUAGUUAUCCAGCAUAUUCCACAGAAACGAUUCUAACUCCAUCAAAGCUCUAUCUUGAAUAUGCAUAUUUACAACAUAAACCGUUUUAUAGACAAACCUGGUUUAUGGUUACUUUAGCUGCUGCAUCAAUUAUAAUCAUUAUAAUGGUCAUAGCGGUGCUAUGCGUUAAAAGUAAAAGCUAUAAAUAUAAACAAGAAGCACAAAAGACACUUGAAGAAUCUAUGGCAAUGGAUACAGACGAUAGACAGGAAUCUGAUUUAGAACUUUAUAGAUCAAGACAAGGAGGUGGUGGUGCUAUGAAUAUGGCUAAUGCUUGUGGUACAUUAGGUAAAAGAAACACUUUAGCAAGGAAAUCUAUACAUCCUCCUCCUCCUACGAUGUUAGGUAAAUCACCCCCUAGACCUUCACCAGCUUCAGUUGCGUAUCAUAGUGAUGAAGAAAGUCUGAAAGGGUAUGACGAAAAUCCUGAUGAUAGUAGUGUUACAGAAAAACCAUCUGAAAUUAGUUCAACAGAUUCACAGGGAUCUGAAAGUGAGAAUGAAAGUGUACAAUCGGAUCCACAUUCCUUCGUAAAUCAUUACGCUAAUGUUAAUGAUUCUUUAAGACAGUCCUGGAAACGUCAAAAACCAGUUAGAAAUUAUUCAUCAUACACCGAUUCUGAACCUGAAGGUAGUGCUGUUGUCAGUUUAAAUGGGGGUCAAAUUAUUAUGAACAAUAUGGCAAGAUCGAGAGCACCAUUACCUGGUUUCUCGUCAUUCGUAUAACUCGUUUAUAAUAAAGAAUUAAAGCUUUUGUUAAGUAGAUAGGGUGCCGAAUUAGCAUAACAUUUACGAUGAAACUAAAGUAUAUACGUGCUGAAUAACGAUUGGUUUUAAAGCAAUGGAGAAAGUAAUAAUUUGAAAGAGAAAUUUAAAAAAUUAUUAAAUACAUGUAAAAAGAGAGUGGUGGUUAAA